CCCGGCCUCGACGCCGGACCUCAAACUACACGCCCCCCACUCCCGCCGUUAACUUCACAGGAGAAGAGAACCGUGUUUCUCGACCUGGACGAAACACUGGUACACACUGAGGCCACAGUGCCCCAGCGCUUCAACUUCGUCGUCCGGCCCAUUAUUCGUGGCACCAAGAUGACCUUCUACGUGAUCAAACGUCCCGGCGUUGACCAGUUUUUGCAAAGACUGGCAGAGAAGUACGAGGUGGUGGUAUUCACGGCGGGGAUGAGAGAGUACGCCACGCUGGUGGUGGACCGACUGGACAGGCAGGGCGUGAUAUCCCACAGCCUCUACCGCGACUCAUGCAAGGAGAUGAACGGAAGGUUAGUGAAGGACCUGUCCGGUUUGGGACGUGACUUGCGGCGAGUGGUGAUCGUGGACGAUAAUCCCAACUCGUAUUUCCUCCAACCGGAAAAUGGGGUUCCGGUCCGGCCGUUCGUCAAUGACAUGGGGGACGGGGAGCUGGGGAGGUUGUUGGUGUUUUUUGAGGGAGAGGGGUCACGUUGUUCUGAGGACAUUAGAGAUGCUGUGAGGGAGUAUGUUCAUGACAAAGGAUGGGUUUCCGAUGAUAAUGACGAUGACGAGAAUGAUGAAGAUGAUGAUAAUGGUGGUAGUGAUAAUGAUAAUGAUGAUUAGUUGGAGACUGGGAAUGGAAAGUCUACUAAUA